AAAAUCCAUUUACCUUCCUAUCUUCUUCCUCUCCUUUCCACACGCGUUUGAUCGAUAACCUAACUCUUUUCUUGCUCUCUGUUUAUAAGAUUCUUUAUAUCUUCGAGUUUGGAUUCUGGGUUUUUGAUUUCAGGGUUUGAAUUUUGGUUUAGGAUCAUAUCCAUUUGCUUGAAUUUUUGGGAGAUGAAGAAACCCAAAUUUUCGAAGCUAGAUAAAUUCGAGAACAAAUUCGAUGUGUUUGUGAAGCUAAGCAAGCAACGAUCGAUUCAGAUUUUGAUUGGGGUAGGUCUGUUGUACCUAGUCCUGGUUACUGUGGAGAUCCCCUUCGUUUUCAAUAGCGGGUUCGGGACUGUGACGCAGGGGGCCUUGACUGGGCCGCCGAUGCUUGCCAGCGAGGUUGAUUUGGAAGAGAAGGAUUCUCCGGCCCGACCCCAGAAUUGGGUAUCUGAAAAUUUGCACGCCCCAACUCCGUCGCAGCUUUUGCAGUAUGAAAACCAGUCUAAGAUCAUCUCUGGGUUGUCGUUUGAUGCAAAAACGUUCGACCCCAGUAGCAAGGAUGGUUCGGUGGAGCUUCACAAGUCGGCGAAGACAGCGUGGGAAGUGGGAAGAAAGCUAUGGGAAGAUGUAGCAUCAGGCAGGGUGAAAAUUGAGAAGGCGAAGAAUCCAGAUAAUUUAUCCGAGCCAUGCCCAAACUCUGUUUCUUUAUCUGGGACGGAGUUUUUGGCACGAGGGAGGAUCAUGAUGCUGCCCUGUGGGCUCACCCUGGGAUCCCACGUAACAGUUGUGGGGAAGCCGAGAGCAGCCCAUGCGGAAAAGGACCCAAACAUUGCGAUUGUGGAGGGGUAUGAUUCUGUGAUGGUCUCGCAGUUCGUUAUGGAGCUGCAAGGUCUGAGAACUGUGGACGGCGAGGACCCUCCACGGAUUCUUCAUUUCAACCCGAGGUUGAAAGGUGAUUGGAGUCAGAAGGCUGUAAUUGAGCAGAACACUUGCUACAGGAUGCAGUGGGGUUCAGCUGUGCGGUGUGAAGGGUGGAAGUCUGGGGCUGAUGAGGAGACCGUUGAUGAUCAGGUGAAGUGUGAAAAAUGGAUCCGUGAUGAUGAUAAUGGCUCAGAGGAAAGCAAGGCAACAUGGUGGUUGAACAGGCUAAUAGGUCAAACUCGAACAAAAAAGGUGACAGUUGACUGGCCUUUCCCGUUUGCUGAGGGCAAGCUGUUUGUCCUAACGCUUAGCGCUGGUUUAGAGGGUUAUCAUGUUAAUGUUGAUGGAAAGCAUAUUACCUCUUUUCCUUAUCGCACCGGUUUCACUCUUGAGGAUGCCACUGGCCUAACUUUGACUGGGGAUAUUGAUGUCCACUCUGUAUUUGCUGCUUCGCUUCCUAUGGCUCAUCCAAGUAUUGCUCCUCUGAGACAUCUUGAGAUGUCCAGCAGGUGGAAAGCUCCACCUCUUCCAGAGCAGCCUGUGCAACUGUUUAUUGGUAUCCUAUCUGCAGGCAAUCAUUUUGCUGAGAGGAUGGCUGUAAGGAAGUCUUGGAUGCAGCAUGAGCUUGUUAAAUCUUCAGCAGUGGUUACUCGCUUCUUUGUAGCAAUGCACGCAAGAAAGGAAGUGAAUGUUGAAUUAAAGAAAGAAGCAGAAUUCUUUGGUGACAUUGUAAUAGUGCCCUACAUGGACAACUAUGACCUUGUUGUGUUGAAAACUGUUGCAAUCUGCGAAUAUGGGGCUCGUGAAAUUUCUGCAAAGUAUGUUAUGAAGUGUGAUGAUGACACGUUUGUCAGAGUAGAUUCAGUUCUCUCUGAAGCAAAACGAGUACCUGAUGAUAGGAGCUUUUAUCUUGGGAACAUUAACUAUUACCAUAAACCCCUGCGUAGUGGUAAAUGGGCAGUGACAUAUGAGGAGUGGCCGGAGGAAGAUUAUCCACCCUACGCAAAUGGUCCUGGCUACAUUUUGUCAUCCGAUAUUGCACUCUUCAUUGUUUCUGAGUUUGAAAAACAUAAAUUACGGAUGUUCAAGAUGGAGGAUGUGAGCAUGGGAAUGUGGGUAGAGAAAUUCAACAGCUCAAAACCGGUGGAUUAUCUGCACAGCUUAAAGUUUUGUCAGUUUGGGUGCAUAGAAGGAUAUUAUACAGCUCACUACCAGUCGCCAAGGCAAAUGACCUGCAUGUGGAACAAAUUGGUAAAGCAAGAAACGCAACAGUGCUGCAAUAUGAGAUAAUGAUUGUGUUUUAGAAAUUUUAGGUGCCAUCUCGGGCAUCCGUUGAAUGUAGAGAUAAAUUUUGCAUGGUCCCAAUAUUAUAUAGAGGUAGCUGUUUUGCAUUAUGUCUUAUGCAAACUGUAUAUUGUAUAAUCAUUGAUGAAAAGGGAAAUCAUUUCAAUAUUAAGAGACUUGUAUUUUAUCAAUGAUUAUAGGAUAUACAGAUAUACAGUUUACAUAGGUAGACUGCACCUCACUUUUUGGUAUUAUAUAUCUCUUGUUCAUGGUUCUCUAGCUGUACUUAGGCUGUUUAAAUUCAAUU